AUGGAUGAUGGUUAUCGAAAUAGCCCAAACCUUUACCACGGUGCAAGGGAUAUAGCUCGAGAGGCGACCCGACAGUCCCGGAACCAAGGAAUGGAUGACUACAAGUAUCAGGACAACUAUGAGGGCUAUGCCCCCAAUGAUGCCUAUUAUCGUGGCAAUGAGUCCAACCCAGAGGAGGAUGCACAGAGUGAUGUUACAGAAGGCCAUGACGAGGAGGAUGAGAUCUAUGAGGGCGAGUACCAGGGCAUCCCUCACCCAGAUGAUGUCAAGGCCAAGCAGGCCAAGAUGGCGCCCUCCAGGGCGGAUGGCCUUCGGGGCCAGGCUGACCUGAUGGCCGAGAGGAUGGAAGAUGAGGAGCAGUUGGCCCACCAGUAUGAGACCAUCAUUGAUGAGUGUGGCCAUGGACGUUUCCAGUGGAUCCUCUUUUUUGUCUUGGGUUUGGCUCUGAUGGCUGAUGGAGUGGAGGUGUUCGUGGUGAGUUUCGUCCUGCCCAGUGCAGAGAAGGACAUGUGUCUGUCCAGUUCCAAAAAAGGAAUGCUUGGGCUGAUUGUCUACCUAGGAAUGAUGGCGGGGGCCUUCGUCCUGGGAGGCCUGGCAGAUAAGCUGGGGAGGAAGAGAGUCCUCAGCAUGUCUCUGGCCCUCAACGCUUCCUUCGCUUCUCUCUCCUCCUUCGUGCAGGGAUAUGGAGCCUUCCUCUUCUGCCGUCUCCUCUCAGGCAUAGGGAUCGGGGGUGCUCUGCCCAUUGUUUUUGCCUAUUUUUCUGAAUUCUUAUCUCGUGAGAAGCGAGGAGAACAUCUUAGUUGGCUGGGCAUCUUCUGGAUGACGGGGGGCAUCUAUGCAUCUGCCAUGGCUUGGAGCAUCAUUCCACACUACGGCUGGGGCUUCAGCAUGGGCACCAAUUACCACUUCCACAGCUGGAGGGUGUUUGUCAUCAUCUGUGCUCUGCCCUGUACCGUGUCCAUGGUGGCCCUGAGAUUCAUGCCAGAGAGUCCAAGGUUCCUGCUAGAGAUGGGCAAACACGAUGAAGCCUGGAUGAUUCUCAAGCAAGUCCAUGACACCAACAUGAGGGCUAAAGGGGCCCCGGAGAAGGUGUUCACGGUUUCCCACAUCAAAACUCCCAAGCAAAUGGAUGAAUUCAUUGAGAUCCAAAGUUCAACAGGAACUUGGUACCAGCGCUGGCUGGUCAGGUUCAAGACCACUUUCAAGCAGGUCUGGGAUAAUGCUCUGUACUGUGUGAUGGGGCCCUACAGGAUGAACACACUGAUUCUGGCUGUGAUCUGGUUCACCAUGGCUCUAAGCUACUACGGACUGACAGUUUGGUUCCCUGAUAUGAUCCGGUAUUUUCAGGAUGAAGAAUACAAGUCCAAAAUGAAGGUGUUUUAUGGUGAGCACGUGUAUGGUGCCACCAUCAACUUUACGAUGGAGAAUCAGGUUCACCAACGUGGGAAACUUGUGAAUGACAAGUUCACAAAGAUGUACUUUAAACAUGUGCUCUUUGAGGACACAUUCUUUGAUGAGUGCUAUUUUGAAGAUGUUACAUCUACUGAUACCUAUUUCAAAAAUUGCACUAUUGAAUCGACUGUCUUCUAUAACACAGACCUCUAUGAACAUAAGUUCAUCAACUGCCGGUUUAUCAACUCUACGUUUCUGAUGCAGAAGGAGGGCUGCCACAUGGACUUUGAGCAGGAUAAUGACUUCCUGAUUUACCUUGUCAGCUUCCUUGGCAGUCUGUCUGUCUUGCCCGGGAACAUCAUUUCUGCCCUGCUCAUGGAUAGAGUUGGAAGGCUCAAGAUGAUUGGUGGCUCCAUGCUAAUCUCUGCGGUCUGCUGCUUCUUCCUGUUUUUUGGCAACAGCGAGUCUGCGAUGAUUGGCUGGCAGUGCCUGUUUUGUGGGACCAGCAUUGCUGCCUGGAAUGCUCUGGAUGUAAUCACAGUGGAGCUGUAUCCCACCAACCAGAGGGCAACAGCCUUUGGCAUCCUCAAUGGAUUAUGCAAAUUCGGUGCCAUCCUGGGAAACACCAUCUUUGCUUCUUUUGUUGGGAUAACCAAAGUGGUUCCCAUACUUCUGGCUGCUGCUUCUCUCGUCGGGGGUGGCCUGAUUGCUCUUCGACUGCCAGAAACCCGAGAACAGGUCCUGAUGUGAAAGCAACCUCAGGGGAAAGAAAAUGUUGGAAGAACCUUAUCUAGGAACCUGCAAUGCAUCCAUGCUUGUGUCUGUCACUGUCUGGAGGACACUGUCCAGAGGACACCGGAGGAGAAGUUGAUUUUGUGACUCCUAGUUUAGGAAACCAUUUCAGCUGUCAAUAUGUUUGUAACUCAGGUGACUGAUUUGGGGGUGUCCUGAAUCACCUGUAGAAUCCCAGAGCUGCAUUCUUGGCUUCAGGUUUCCCCAGCCCAAAGCAGGGGAAGAAGGAUCACACCUUCCAGUGGGCACACAUGCUGAGCAAGGAGUGUGUAUUCCCCCUGGUUAGGUGCAAGGACUUAUUUGCAUUUCAAAAUGAAUUUGAGGGUAAGAAACAUUUAAGCUCUUCCUCCAUAAAGUUCCUCGGAGCCCAAUGACCUAACAAACUGACUUGCCAGGAAACUAGAGUCAUAUAAAUAUUGGGCUUGAAAUACAGGAUACUUAUAUUUUUGCAUUUAAAAGUAUCACCAAUCAUAUGUUCCAUUUGAAAAUUGGCACAUAGCAUUGAAGAUAUUCUGAUAUAGAAAACCAGAUAUUUGAGCAAUAUCUAUAGAAGUCUACUCCCCCCCUCAACCAAGUGUCCUAAGUUUUCCAUGAUGAUUAGGUGGUGAAUUUAAGGAUGCUAUUUACUCCUGUUUUGAUCUAUUCAAAGAAACUUAAAUGCGAUAGGUUUUCUGUAAACUAACUUUGUACAUAACUAUAUUUGGGUUUAAUUUGCAGAAAUGGUACCUGCAAAUAUUUGCCAGCACUGUAGCCAUAUUUUGGGAGGAGUUGGUGUUUGGGGUCCCAGGAGAUUGGGUCUGAUUGAGUGAAAUGCAAGAAUAAUCUUACUUAUAGCCAUUUAACCUGCUGUCAGGAGGAUGCACUUUGCAAGCUCACAUUGUACAGUUCAUUUAAUCCAGGCACUAUUCUUCGUGUAGGUGGAGUAGUUACUUUUCUCUCUUACACAGAUCACUUGUGAAACUCAAGCUCACCCAUUGUGAGUACCAGCUUUAGAUGCUGCUGCUCCCCCAGAAACAACACGAGAAGGGUUCAGGGGCCUCUGGCAUUCUCUUUGUAGACGAGAAUAAAACACAGUGGAGAACAUAGUUGAUUGAGGGAGGGAUGGGGAAGUGUAGCCACACUUCUCCAAAACAUAAAUUCUUUUUGUUUCUUUUAGCUUUAAAACAUGAUCUAUAUUUGUUAUCAUGGUCAUGUCCUAUGAGAAAUCUAUGCUGUGUGUCUAGGUCAGGGACUUUCGAAACAGCUGUCACUGGCAUGGGAAUUAGGGCAUGUAGUAGAUGUGAAAUAUGUUUCCCUUCACUGCUCCAAGUGAACUCUUUUUUGAGACCUUUUGGAACAUAAAUGGGGGUGAGGGUGGGGGUGGAGUGGGGAACCCAGGAAAACUACUUUGGCAAGGGUCAGCAAUUGGCUGAAGUCUUGACAACACAGAAAAGGAAGGUUUCAUCCACCAGAACUAUCUAGCAUGGAAAGACAGUGAGCUAUGAGCUCUUGUUCCUAGAGGUGAACUGGCCGAGGCCAGAUGAAUAUCAGUUUGCAAGAACCCGUGCUUUGAUUUGAUUUGCAACGUGUUUAGUGCUGUCAAGUGCCACACGUUCCCUACCAGAAAUCUCUAAAAACUUAAGCAGGAAAAUGACCACAUGGAAGGUUUUCUCGGCUUUGGGGAGACAGGUCCCAUGAUAGCUCCGGGCCCUCUUUCUGUUAUUCUCUGAAAUAACAGGUAGACAGGAGGGAAGAGUAAAUAUUAUGACACCUUUCCACCUUGGAUCUGAGAUCAGUUUUAAUGGUUAAAAUGUUUACUCUGCUUCUCUUGUCCCUACCUCUUGAUUCAUUCUUUUUUUCUGUACAGCAAAGGAAGACAUGUCAACUCUGAUGUGACACCCUGAUCCCCUCCCCAAGUAUAUAAAUAUACUACUGUGUAUUAACAUUUCUCUCAGUGUUUUAUAGGAGUUACUUAAGGUAAAUGCUAUGUCAAUAAUGAAAGGCCCAGUGUAACAUACCUGUAAUAUACUUUCUGUAUUCUGACAAUAUGAAAUACAGUGGCUAGGCUUGUUCAAGACAAUUGUAUAAACCAGAGAUUGCCACAUCCCUUGUAACAUUAUUUGUCAGUGGGAUAAUACAAUUUAAUGAGCAGCUACUACGUAAGAACUUUACAAAGUCUACACUUGUAUUUAAGGUGGAUCUUGUAAAUCUAACAUCUGAUUAAUUUUUGAGUAUGGAGGUGGCUGCCAUAAUUUGGAGGUCAGUUGGGGGUUUUCAAGCUCUAACUUUAUGGCUCCUUAAACCAAUCACCUAACCAACCAAGGGCAGUUCUUGUUUUAUCCAUCACAUAAGCCUCUGGAAAAGGUGCAGCCAUACUCUGCAGCCUUUCCCUGUGAAGGAUUGCCUGGCGCUGGUACCUGGCCACUUCUUAAGAAGUGCUGUCAUUCCUACUGAGAUAAAUGCUCCUUUAAAAAUAGUCUCUGUGGCAGGUCAUUGGGGGAUAAUGUACAACAUUCCUGGCCAGGCACUUCUUUUUCAUUUCGUGUUCUACUCUGAGAAAUUCCCAGUGGCAUCCUUGCAGCGUGGAAGGAUGAGCUCUCCUUCAUUGAGCAAAGCUGUUCAUGGUUCAUGAUGUAUUUUAUGAUGCCUGUUUUGGGAGUAGUUACUUUUAACAGGCUCAACUGUGUUGUGUCAUCUCUUGAUGCUGAUUUUUGACCUUCUGUUUUAUUGGAAAUAAUUAGUGACAGGGGUGUGCCUAUUUGUGAAGUUUAUAGCACAUGUACCUGAGGUCAUGUGAUAAAUAACUGCAUUCCCAGGGUCCCCUGCUACCUUGUAUUAGCUCAUUAAAAAAUAAUAAUAAAAAUAAUUGUAACCAACCUUUAAGAACUGAGGCUAGAGGUUAUUUCCAGACACUUAAGUUUCUUCUGUAUUCCUAAGUUGAUUGGAUCAGUUGGGGUUGGCAUGCUGAGAAGUAUUUUCUUCACCUUUCUUAUUUUGCAUUUGGGGACCUUGAGAGGUCAAAUGAUGUUGGUUAUAAGACCAACAUGGACCAAUGGAGUUGGUUAUAAGACCUACAGUGAUACUCUCUCUAUAAUUCUGGAGUAAGAUCUCAAUCAGUAAUUUCCUACUACAAGGCCUCCCAUUGAGUCUCUGAGGAAUGGGAUAGCGUGACAAACAUUUACCCUCCAUUCCUGGAGGCCACUCAUUGAAAAGUCACAUGAUUGUCUUACCUGGAACAAGUGGAAGGAACAUCAUACAUAUGAAAAGAUUGGUGUUUAUUAAUCCAUCUAGUCACUGAUUCAUUCAUUUAUUCAGUAAAUCCUUGCUGAGCCUGUACUAUGUGCUAGGCUCUGUUCUAAGCCUUGGGGACCCAGUGGUGAAAACUCUGGUCACAGUUUCUGCCUCCUGCCUCCUUUUACUUAUGGCAAGUGGGCAAGAUGGUUAUUAAGUUGGCAAUAAUAACAAAGUGCAAUGAUCUUAUCAUCAGUAAAAAUGUACCUUCUGCUUGUAA